CAGCACCGUGAGCACCGAACGAAAGUCUCGUCACAUUCCUACUCCCGUCACCACACGAAUCUACAGACUUUCGAGCCCCGCAACCGCAGCAUCAUCCCCAAACGCAGCCGGCCAGCCGCAAUAUUGUAGAGUACUCUACAGUCCAUAGCAACAGAAGAUGAGAGAGAGAGAUCAGUAGUACAGUAGUCGUUUGUUCAAUCGUCUGCCGGGGUCCCAAAUCUCACUUCAGCCAGCAGAGCGCAGCUGUACAGCUGGUGGGAUCAAUGGUUGCCAAGACGAGGCGACAACUCGCCAAGCUCACGCUGCUUCUACUCGCCCUGCUCCUCCUCCUCGCCGCCAUCUUGCUGUGCGUCUUCCUGAUCCCGCGCCACCACAGGAGGCCGCUGCCCCCUGCCUCGCCGCCGCCGGGGAACGCGUCGAACCCCGACGACAGCAUCGUGGCGUUCGACUUCUCCCCGUACCUCAUCAUGUACAAGAGCGGCCGCGUGCACCGGCUGGACGGCACCGCCCGGUGCUCGGCCGGCGUCGACGAGGCCACGGGGGUGACCUCCAAGGACGUGGUGCUCGACAGCCGGACCGGGCUCGCGGCACGGAUGUACCUGCCCCCCAAGGACCCCGGCAGCAGCGGCAGGCGGCACCCGGUGCUGGUGUUCUACCACGGCGGCGCGUUCGUGAUCGAGUCGGCGUUCACGCCGCUGUACCACGCGUACCUGAACGGGGUGGUCGCGAAGGCGCGCGUGGUGGCGGUGUCCGUGGAGUACCGCCUGGCGCCGGAGCACCGGCUGCCGACGGCGUACGACGACUCGUGGCGGGCGCUCAAGUGGGUGGCCAGGAACGCCGCGUCCGGGCCGGAGCCGUGGCUGCGGGACCGGGGCAACCUGUCCAGGCUCUUCGUCGCCGGGGACAGCGCCGGCGCCAACAUCGCGCACAACAUGGCCAGGCGCGCGGGCGCGGGGGGCACGGAGGAGGGCGGGCUGGACGGCGGCGGCGCGGCCAUCACGGGGCUCCUGCUGCUGGACCCUUACUUCUGGGGGAAGAAGCCGGUGGCCGGGGAGACGACGGACCCGGCGCGGCGGCGCCAGUACGAGGCGACGUGGUCCUUCAUCUGCGGCGGGCGGUACGGUAUCGACGACCCGCUGGUGGACCCGCUGUCGAUGCCGGCGUCGCAGUGGCGGAAGCUGGCGUGCUCGCGCGUGGCCGUCACGUCGUCGGGCCUGGACGACUUCCGGCCGCGCGGCCUGGCGUACGUGGCGGCGCUCAACGGCAGCGGGUGGGACGGGGAGAUCCAGCAGUACGAGACGCCCGGCGAGCGGCACGUCUACUUCCUGGAUCGGCCCAAGGACCCGGAUUCCAUCAAGGAGCUGGCCUUCGUCACCGGAUUCCUCACCCGGGAGUAGCCGAGUAGGUAGACAUCACGGCGAGGGCGUACGACAGUAGUAGGUGUAAUCGUGAGGAUUGCUGGUUGCGGUACAUUAUUGAUUAAUGGAGAUAACUAUUGCUAGCACCGUAGCAUGUUCUUUUUGUUUUUUUGUGUUUGGAUCUUGAUAGGGUCGUUCUCGAGAAGUGGUGAUGAUUUGGUUGAUGGCGAGCGCGGUGAAUCUGGGGAUGGUAGCCUACCGCUGACAUCAGUUUCUUCCGGCUGCGCUGAAGCUCCCUUUGCGGUAAAGUUAUUUUUUUUUACCAUUGAGUGCAUUAGCUUCCGCUCCUUCUACUAAUGGAUUUGCAUUGGAAAAUUUGUAAACACAUAUAUGGCAAAAAAAAAACGUUACCUUUGCGUAGCUAGCAGUUCAAAAAAACUGCAGCCACAGCACAGCUGAAGCUGCAGCGAACAGGGGUCCAGAACUGUAUACUCCCUCCGUUCUAUAAAUAAAUGUAUUUCUUUGACUUCUAUGAUUCAUGUUUAA